AUCAUUUGACAUAUCGAAAUUUUAAUACUUUUUUAGCAAAUGUCAAAGAAAAGAAAACUAGGAAACGUAGGAUUUGCAAAGUAUGGGAAAAUUUAUUUUCUUAACUAGGGGAAAAUUGUGUUAUGUAGAUUUUCCUUAACUUGCAAUAAAUUGUUAGAUUUAAAAUCAGUGACAAUGUGAAGAAAUAUAUUGUAAACAUACUCUACCGUAUACAGAGGCUCGAAGUUAUUAAAAUUUAUAUGUAAUAACAUCGAAAAACGAAUGAAGAAAACUACGGAAUAAAACGAAUAGAGAUAAGAACUAUAAUUUUUCCAGCGUAGCAUCUGAAUCAGCAGCAUUAAUCUAUGACAUAGAGAAGAUUCGAAACUUCAACACAAAAUAAAGUUGAUGCAAAUAAAUUGUUAAACGAAAAUGUCCGCAGAUAUACAAAUUGUUUCUGUGCCAAAUUUGGAAAAAAUUGAAAGUUUUUUGAAAGAUGCAUCAUAUCGCGAAACAAUUGAAUACAGCGCAAGCUUCAAUACACGUUUAUGUAUUGAACGGCGCUUACGUUUACCUUUUCUAGAUCCGCAAACAGGUGUAGCGCAAAACCAUUCGCAACUGUUUGUAGAUGAAAGGCAUCGGAUGCCCGGCUUCCGGCAAGGACAAAUAUACACUUAUCCAGCGCCUCGUUGGCGUAAAAGUCGGCGGCAGUACUUGAUAAAAAAAUUUCCUGAUCGUCCAUUUCAAGCUUUACGCAAGGAAACAGAAGUACUGCCUAUAAGUACCAACAAUACAAUACUAACGGCUUGUUCUGCAUCGCCUACUGUUAUUGGAAGUAAUAUAAACGAACCAGAUUUUAAUGGUUCAUUGCUUGAAGAAUCAUCUUCACUUGGUGCUGCUGGAGGCGACACAUCAGAUAGUAAAGAUAGCCAACAGCAGCCACAACAUCUUAAAGAUGAUUUACCUAAAGAGUGGUUCUUUGACGACAUGGAUAUGAAUGAUGUUGAUUCACUAGAAGAGCCGAAAUCACCCGCAGAUGAUGAAUAUGAUUAUGAUCCACGAUAUGGUAGUAAAAAGCGAAGAAAGAGACGUCCCAGUAAACGUGCUUCACUUACCCCAGGUGAAGGUGGCCCUGGUCGAAGACGCAGUGGUGCUGGACGCGGACGUACGUCGACAGCAACAGCUGAUACAUCCCUCGUUGGUUUAGAUGCAAUAGAUGGCGUAGGCUUAGAUGUAAGUACUACGCCCACAACUAGUGGUCGCCGUCCAAGAGGUACACGUGGACGUCGUCGUACAAAACCAAAAACAAGCGGCGGCAAUGCAUGUGAUCCACCUAGCCCUGGUUUAAAUAGCGAACCGCCUUCAUUCGAAAGUGCUGCCGCAGCUGUUGGCGUCAGUGAUAUGCCAGUUGCAGAAGAGCAUAGCGAUUUGCGUAACUAUCGAAAGUACCUGUAACAACGCUAUAUCAAUCGGAGCACUACUCUAGCGAUAUAAAUGGGAGGCUAGUGCGACUACAACACUUCUUGAUGCAUUGUUACUGCAAUUGAGUGUUACUUGAUUUUGUUUUUGUUUGUAAAUUUAAAAUAUGUUUUUCUUAUUUUAAGUAACAUAUUCCUAUAUAUCUUUUUUAGUAUGAAUGCUCAUAUAUAUUGAUCUGGUUAAACUAUUGUUAGUUCGAAUGUUAGAUAAGUUAAACUUACUUUAAAAUGUUAAAAGGCAACGUUAACUAGCAUUCGUUACAUUUAUUUUCUUUAAUUUACAAACUAUUAAUUGUAAGGUCAUAUCUUUUUUUUUUUUAAAUC